AUGGCAUCCGAUGUAAUAAAAUGCUUAGAAGAAGGUGAGGGACAUAAAACUUUUUAUCGUAUCGAGAUAUCUUAGGGUUAGUGUCGGAGUUACAGUAGGAACAUUUCACUUGUUUGUUUUCGCUGCAUGAACUCGUGAAGCUCAGACCGAUCUGGUAAUUUUUUUAUAAUUUUAGUACAGCUGUUAAAAGGUAUUCGAAACAAAAUUACGUAAAUUGAAAGUAUUAACAACGAAGCUUAAAUUAUCAAUUAGACACUCGCUGGAAAAGAGCUAGUACAAAGUACAUGUACCAUGCAUGUAGUUCAUGUAGACGAAGUACUCUUUCUUAAAACACCCAGCUGUAUGGUUGGAUUGUUAUAAGUUUAAUUUUUUCCGUAGAAAAAUCUACGGUGUUUCAAGAAAAUGUUGCUCCUGAUAACGUGAGAGAACCAUCGAAAAGAGUUACAAAGGUGGGUAUGGUUACUAACAAUAAACACACAUAAUUUUACUUAAUUUAGUGACAACCUUCAUAUAUGCAUUAUCCUAUUCCGGUCUCCUAUUAUAAUUCGCCUCUUUUCACUAUCACCCUAGAGGUAUUUCAUUCACUACCUGCAUUACUAGCGUAAGGAAAAAUAAUAAUAACAAUAUUAUACUACUACAUGAGAAAUUUCUGCAAUUUGAUUGGCUUAGAGCAGUGGUGUUUCAGCUUACUUUGAAAUACCUACAUGUGAAAAUUACAAACCUUUUGUGGGUAGUAGUAUAAACAAAUAAUAGCAUGAUUUUUUAUGUGAUAUUUGGCAUAAAUAAAAAUAUCACUUGUGGUAUUUAUGCCAAAUAUCACUACAAAUCAUGCUAUUACCUAUACUAGUAAAAUUAUUAAAAAUUACAAAUAAUAAUAAUAAUAGUUUUAUUAUUAUUAUUGAAGUACUGCUGAGAGUAAGCAUGAUUAUGGUAAUGUGAAUUACUUUAAAAAUUUUCAGCCUGACAAGCUUAGAUUGUACCGUAAACUGAUACUUAUAAGUCCUGGGCUUAUAUAUCUUUGUAAAGGGUUUUAGCAGGGAUCAUAAAUUAAUGGAGGGGCUUAUAUUCCAGAGAGCUGGUAACUGAAAUAGAAAAAACGCUUUAAAUUAGCUAUAGCAGUUCUGAUCAAAACACCUGUUGCAUUUACUGGCUUGAAAACAUUAGUAAAUCAAAUUUAGAGGAGGGUGGGGGUUUAUAGUUGGAGCUGGAGGGGUCUUUCAUCCCAGGGGGACUCACAAUCACAUGCAAUUUUUUGUUUACAGGAUGAUGGGCUAAUAACUGGGGGGGGAGGGGGCUUAUUAGUGCCAGUUUACAGUUUUAUUGUGAACUGAGAUCUCAGCGGAGGUACCGGCUAAGUUGUUAUGCAAUUGCCAAGUUGAUUUGUGUUGAAAUAUCUACCAAGAUUUUCAUGUAAUAAGCCUCUUUCAUAGUACCCAACUAUUCACUUCCUUUGAAUGUUUGACUUGACAACUUAGUUUACUUUAUUACUACUAACAGGUCGAGAGAGCAAGACUUGAGGCCCUAUCUUCCUUUGGCAAUUGUCCCUUUAAUUCACUGGUUGUCAAAAAAGAUAGCUUUAAGGCAAAACUUAAUGCAACUGUCACAGCUACUGGAAAGGAUGUGACCAAGAGACUUACUCGGUAAGAGAUCUAAUUGACCCAAGAAGCAGUUAAGUUAAAGCACUCCUAAUGUUUUAAGGUCCUAAAUAAGUUGGAGAGGUUAAUCAUCAAUUUGAACAGAUGCUAACAAGUGAAAACAAACCAAAUCCGAAAGUGUUGGAAGUUGCUUGUAAAAAUUCUUACACAAAGGAAGUUUAAGUUAAAUUUAAUCUCUGAACUCCGCUAGGAGCUGCCAUCUAAUAAAACUGCUGUGUGUCUUCUUUUGCAAAUUCCAUUGGCUUUACCUAAAGCAGCAAACAUUUAUGGUGCUCAGAUGAAAGAUUUGGACUGGUUUGGGCCCCAAAUGAAAAAUACAGUGUGCGCUAUGCCCAGGGGAUAUGUUGCAUAAAUUUCAGCUGGCUGGAAUUUGUGGAUCAUCAAAUACUAGCGGUUUUGAUGUUGUAGGUCAUGUCCACAAGUGUAUGUUGUUAGUGAGUCCGGUUCUGUAUAAAGUCAGUAUUAGCAAACACAAUGUGUACAGCGUGCUUUCCUGCCCUUACUUACAUUGCUGUGCUCUUGCAUUGGCCAAUGGUGAUCACUUACUUUUACCUUUAGGUAACUAGGAAAUGUUAAUCUUUGCUCUCUACCUUUAUGUUGGGCAUCCUGAAUUCAUGGGAUCAGAGCAUCUGGGCUUCUUAUAGAAUAAUUCUAAGAAAUAAUAAUUAUGAUAAUAAUUCUAAAUACAUUGAUUAUUAAUUUUUUUUUAAAACAUAAUCUAUAUCUGUCUCUAAAUUUUCUGUAAUUCAAAACCUUUGCCCAGAUGAACUUAGGCCUGUAAAAUAACAGAUUCCCAAAUGGCUAAAAGAAUUUUCACACUCUAGAAUGGCUAAUCCAAUGUCACCCUAUUCUGCCUUUACAACCCUAAAACUCCAAAAACUAUAAUGCAUUUUUUGUCCCCCCAAUAUAUUUUGCUUCUUUCAUCAUUUUCCUUCCAGAAUGCAAAAAGCCAGGUUGGAAGCCAACGAAGCUUUCAAGAACGUUUCCCUUGGCCAGAAACGGAAAGCCAGUGUUGAGGAGAGGAAAAGAGAGUUUUCUCCUCUCAGAGAUACUACUAAAAGAAGGCUUACUAGGUUGGACAAAUGCAAACUUGAAGUGCAAAAUGCUUUUGGUAAUGUUGCUCUGAGUGGGAUUGGAGGAAGUGUGGAGAUAAAAGAAGACCAGAACAGCACUAAAAUAAUGGCCAAGGACUCAGGAACGAAUAACAGUGAAACUUCCAAAAAAGAUGUGACAAGUCUUAAAAAAGAUUCCUUGGAAAAGAGUAAAAAAGGAAGAAGGAAGUCUACAAGGAGAUCAACAUCACGAAGAAGUUUUGCUGCAAUGCGACGAAGAAGCUCCACAAAAGGCAAACGUCUAACCAGGGUUCAAGCUGCUCAGUUAGAGGUUCUGCAGAGUUUUGGAGGACACAGCCUGGAUGAUGUCUGGAAAUCUUGCAAGAGAGAUAUGUCCACUUGUGCUGAAGUAUCUGAGCAAAUUGUUAAUGAUGAAGUUGAGACUAACAAUGAGGGUGUGGCAACAAAGGAAGAAAGUCAGGUGAUGGAUAAUAGUGAAUGUCAAACAGCUGUGGAAACUGAUGUAGAGACUGAUUCCCUGGAGGAUGGCGAAAAGGGAACUGGUAAUUUGACUUCAGCAUCAAAGGAGAAAGUUGCUGAAAUUUCAUUAAAACCAUGUUGCGAAUCUGUUAAUGAAUCAAUGCAAGGCAAUGUCCCGUUUGACAAUGAGCAGCUUGCUGAACAUUCCCAGUCAAGCCAAACAAUCACUUGUGAGGUUCAAGUUCAGGAUCAUGAUUCCUGUACACUCGUCCACAAUCAGUCCUGUGAUGCUCAAAUUGGUACAAAAGGAAUGAGUCCAAUCCCUGAGCACAGUUUACAUCAGUCCUUUAGUCAGUCAAGCAACACACAAAUCAGCAAUACGACAUCUGUAGAACCAAGACCACUGACACGCCUGGAGAGAGCUCGUUUGGAAGCCAUACAAAGCUUCCGUGGAGAAGCUUUUGAAAAAACAAUGAAGACUUCAUCCAGGAAAAUGGCCAAGUACCUUACUCCUGUCAAGCAUCAAGGAACAAACACUGAAGCCAAUCCAACAAGGAACACCCCCUCACAAACGGAUAACUCCUAUUACAGGCGCCACCCUGGUCCAAAGAGUUCUUUCUAUACUAACCUCAGAGACAACAGCUUCUGUGACAGAGGUGCUUUGCUAGAGAGUAGCAAGAUGGUCGUGCUGACAGCCAGGUCUCUGGACACACCAUCUCCUGAUUGUUCCCCUGUGGCCACUGCUGUGAAGCCAUGA